CUUCAUCCUCUUUUUCAUACACAGUCACACACACCUAUAUUAACACCAUUAUCGCCCCCACAUUAUCCAUAUGAAUUGGGCAAAUAUCUAGAAGAUUCUCGAGAUCUCUCAAUUUUAUCGUGAUCUCCGGCAGCUUUCUCUGCAAUGGCGGCAAAUGCUCCGUAUUUACUUCAGUUACCGGUUCGAUCGCCGGAGUUUCGAGUUUUGAUUACAGGAGGAUACGCGAUUUUCCGGUCGCGGAUGGAGUUUCCGUUCUCGCGUAAGAAUCACGCGACUUCUCUGAGAGCUCGGAAGGUGAGAGUAGUUGAGUGUUUUGCGAAAUCGACUGAGCUGGAAGCGUUGGUGAAGGACGGCGGCGAUAAUGAUAAUGAUGACGGCGAUGAGGUUCGGGGAGAUGAUGAUAAGGUUGUAACUCAUGGAGACUCUGUUAGUUCGCAGAGGAGUGCUUCUGCCUCCGGUGGCGAUUCAUUGUCCCUUGGAAUCCGUGAACCUGUUUAUGAGGUAGUGGAGGUGAAGACGUGUGGGACGGUAGCAAAAAGGAAAAUAAACAGAAGGCACUUGCUGAAGUCCAGUGGUUUACGUCCUCGAGAUAUCAGGAGUGUUGAUCCGUCAUUGUGGUUGACAAAUUCAAUGCCUGCUUUAUUGGUCCGUGAGCAUGCAAUUCUAUUGAAUCUAGGUUCUUUAAGGGCCAUAGUAAUGCAAGAACGAGUCCUUAUAUUUAAUUAUAAUCGUCUAGGAGGAAAGGCUUUCAUCGAUUCAUUGUUACCACGGCUAAAUCCUACAAGCACAAAUGGAGGGCCAUCUAUGCCAUUUGUAGUGGAGGUGGUUGAAGCAGCACUGCAUUCACGGAUACAAAGAUUGGAACAUAGGCUGUGGGAUUUAGAACCACGUGUCCAAGCACUACUUGAGGUUUUGCCUAACCGAUUAACUGCAGACAUAUUGGAGGAACUUCGUAUCAGUAAACAGAAACUGGUGGAAUUGGGUUCCAGGGCAGGGGCUCUUAAGCAAAUGCUACUUGAUAUUCUAGAGGAUACUCAUGAAAUACGUCACAUCUGUAUAAUCGGGAGAAAUUGUGUACUUAAGAAAGAAAACGAUGAAAUAGAGUGCUCCGUGCCCCUAGAUAAGGAGAUUGUUGAAGAAGAAGAAGAAGAAAUUGAAAUGCUUUUGGAAAAUUAUCUUCAGAGAUGUGAAUCUUGCCAUGGUCAAGCUGAAAGGCUCCUUGAUUCUGCAAAAGAAAUGGAAGACUCAAUUGCUGUAAACUUGAGUUCUCGAAGGCUUGAGGUGAGCAGAUUCGAGUUGAUUCUACAGGUUGGAACAUUUUGUGUUGCUGUUGGUGCUCUGGUUGCAGGUAUAUUUGGCAUGAACUUAAGAUCCUAUCUAGAGGAACAUGUGUUUGCAUUCUGGCUUACAACAGCAGGAAUAAUUGUUGGGGCUGUUCUGGCCUUUUAUCUCAUGUACUGGUAUCUCAGAACGAGGAAAAUACUGUAAGCAACUGCUGAUUCCGCAAUCAGGUGAUUUAAAUCUUGACCAAGAUUCACGACUGCAGUAGGUGCCCAAAACAAUGCUGGAUACUAGCAUAUGUCUGGGUACGUAGAGAUCAUUGUGCAUCAAUAUGAUGCUUCGCAGACACUGCCAAUAUAAUGGCGAAAACAACAAAAUUAGGUAUGGAAUAUGUCCCCAGUUUCAAGAUCUGUAGGAUUUGAGAGAGAAGGUGACAGUCAAAUCUUCCUCAAGUUAUAUACCAUGGGUGCCAAUUAGGAGUAGCCAUCACUCUCUUUUACCAGCUUGUUAUGUAGUGUAGCAUCAUCUCCCACUAUAAGUUACCAAGACAUUCAGACGUAGAAGGUAUUGAGUCCAUAAAAACUUUUACUUGAGCUGAGAAUCUAUAAGAAAUAGAAUCUCUACCUUAGUUCAAGGUUGUGUAAACCACCCUUUUCUUUUCACUUGUGAGAUUUUACUGUGUAUGUUG